UAAGCAUUAGUUUGUCCCGUUAACAAGCUUUAUAAAUAUCCUCUAAAAUUUUCAUAGAAUUAAGAUGGAUAACAAUAGCAACUCAGAACCAACCCACCAAGGUGGAGGCCUUGGUAUCAAUGGGUUCACAUAUAUCAUUGUUUUUGUGAUUGGCCUCAUCUUCUUACUCCUCAGCGUCGGUUUUGCUUGUGUGCGCCUUCGCAUGUCUCAAUCUCUCAACAUAUUCAACAUUCUGGCUGGUUUUCCACCACCGCGUACUGCAGGAGAAGAAGAAUCACAAGACAUGGAACAAGGCCUUCGUGAUGAUCAUAACAUGGACAAUAGUUUUGAGAGCUACCCGAAACUGCUUUACUCCGAAGUUGAGAAAAGAAGUGAUUCUAGUGUUUCUUCUUGCUGCUCAAUCUGCUUAGGGGAUUACAAGGAAGCUGACACACUGAGGAUGCUUCCUGAUUGUGGCCAUGUCUACCACCUUGCAUGUGUUGAUCCAUGGCUCAAGUUUCAUUCCACUUGUCCCAUAUGUCGAAAAUCUUCUGUUCAAAGCUCCAUAAAAGUCUAGCUAGUUAGUGCCUAUAAUAUUGGGGAACCAUGUGAAACGUUUUGUGUAUAGCAUGCAUGUUUGGAUUCACUCUGAGUUAACUCUUUGAGAAUCACUUCUUUCACACAAGAGUUAUUUUGUUAGGUUAUUAUAAAAUCUCUUAGAAGUUUGGACCCUCCUUGGGAAAAUUGAUCUAGACAAAAUUGCUUCUACAAAAAUUCCUUUGAAUAAAAAUUGGUUAAAAUAA